CUUUAAAAGUUGCCGUAACGUCGGCUGAUCGUAUCUGUCCCGGUGUGUCUGUCGCCACCCUGCUCGAACGUAUAAAAAUGCGCCGGGUGAACCCCUACUUUCGUCACUUCCUUUUUCAUUAUCACGCUCAGCAGUAGCACCCGUUCACUAAUGUCCUCAAUGACAGACCUACCUUUGAGAGCCGGAUGCACGGUCGCUCCGGACACUAUCCACCAUUGUCAGUGCCCGUCGUUCAUACCCCCUGCACUACCCAUGCUAGAUCAGACCAUCUGCAGUGUAUGUGGACAUGGUGUUCAUGCGCACCGCGACUAUGUUUCAAUGUUUGUCCAUCACUGCCCUGCGAUGAAUUGCGUUGCGUACUUUCCGAAGACGGCCCGGAUACAAGCAUGCACAUGUUCGGCGUCUCUCAUUGAGCAUAUACCUGUCGUGAAUGCGCAUCGUUCGUCUACACCUCUGCCCUAUGGAACGGGUGUAUCUAUCCAUGACAGUAACCUCCCUUCUAAUGUCAACACACUCAACGGCGACACGACGAACCACCCAUUCACUCCGAUACCUCCGUCCACUAACGCCAACCCAUCCUACCCUUACGGCAACGCACUGAUCUUCACACCUACCCCGCAACCUGUCAUUCAAAUGGACAUCACUCAGAUCGACGCUUAUUCCCACUCGGAAGCGGGAGGCUCUUACGGCGCUCAGUACCAGGAUAACCUCAGCGUUAACGUCCAGGGCUCGAGCGAGAGCGCGAGGUUUAUUUGACCAGGUCCUCCAACGCGGUGCCUGCCGCGGAAGCCCAGGCAGGUCAACUCGAAUAAGUAUGGGCAAGAAAGUUCUAUCGUCAUCUCCAGCUCCUUCGUCGAUUGGUAUAAAUAGUAACGCGUCAUAAAUCAUCUGUAAAACACAGCAAUGUAACAAUGUAUGUACAUCUUGGAUAUCGUCUCGUUUUCUCAUGCUUAGUGUACUUGUUUGUCGCGCUUAUCGCUUUGCUUUGUUCUAAAAUCAUAUGUGUUUUAUUUAUCUAAGUAACAAAACAAGUCCUGAAUGAACGGGUUUAACACCUAGUUGGUCCCAAAUAUAUUCUCGCUGCGAGA